AUGGAAAAGUUCUGCGGAUCUCCCUUUUGGGAUUGGGACCUAACGUGGAAUUCCCAUAACUUUCCCGAAUUCACACUUUGUUUCGAGGAAACAGUUCUCGUGUGGAUUCCGUGUCUACUUCUAUGGGUGCUAUCACUCUAUGAUUUAUAUAACAUUUAUUUCGAUAAUAGCAAAAAGCCCGUUCCCUACACCAUACUGUCCAUCGCUAGAAUUUUUUUCUCAUCAAUGCUUUUGUUCCUAAGUCUAUACGAUUUGAUUCAUUCAAUCUCUAAGUAUAUAAACAACGAGUACUUAGUAUUUGCCGUCGAAUUCUUCACACCUUUUAUAAAGUCAUUAACUUUUGUGAUCUUAACUCACUUACAUCGCAAACAUGGGAUCCAUUCAUCGAGUAUUCUGUUUAUAUUCUGGUUUACAUUAUCUAUCGGCGCUAUUAUUAACUAUAGGACAGUCAUCCACAUGUUGUAUGGAGAUGUGGCGGUACAUAUUACUGGAGCGGUUGACACCAAUUGGUUUGUGUGUCGAAUGCUAUACUUUCCCAUAGUUUUAGUACAACUCUUGCUUUCCUGCUUUUCCGAUGCAAAUGUGGACUCGACUUCAGACAGGAAUAAAAAGUUGAAUCCUGAGGAAAGUGCUUCAUUCUUGUCUAGAGUGACCUUCUGGUGGUUCAAUCCAAUGAUAUUUAAAGGAUAUAAGAAGCCGCUGACCACUGAUGACAUGUGGUCUCUGACUCGUGACAACCGAUCAAACAUUAUACUAAAACUGUGGGACAGGGUAUGGACGCCGGCCCUCGAGAGGGAAAAAUAUAAUUCAAUGCGAAGAACGUCUGAAGGAGAGCCACAGAUCACUGAAAUAAGUCUCUUAAGUGGUAUGGUUAAGACAUUUUGGCCAGGGAUGCUAUUGGUGUCUAUCAUCAAACUGAUAGCCAGUGCCCUCACAUUUGUGAAUCCACUUCUGUUGGACAGACUCAUUAACUUUAUGUCACCCAUGAGUAGCGAACCGGAAUGGAGGGGCUAUCUGUACGCAUCCCUUAUGUUCAUCUCACCAUUUCUUGAAUCAUUACUUAACAGUCAAUACGAGUACAGAAUUAACUCAAUUAGUAUGAGAAUCAGAGCUUGUGUUAUAUCCACUAUAUAUCAAAAGACAUUGAGACUAUCGAGUUCUGGUCGCAAAGAUUUCACGUCCGGAGAGAUCGUUAACCUAAUGUCAGUGGACUCGCAACGUAUCGUAGAGUUUGUCAAUAUGUUUAACCACUUAUGGUCGGCGCCCCUACAGAUCAUAUUGGGUUUAGUGCUCUUAUGGCAACAGUUAGGCGUCGCAACUCUCGCGGGAAUGACAUUGAUGUUGGUUUUGGUGCCUUUCAAUGCAUUUAUCACAACCAAGAUGAGAUUUGUUCAAAUGUCCAUUAUGAAGGAAAAGGAUAAGCGAGUUAAACUCAUGAGUGAGAUAUUGAAUGGCAUUAAAGUGCUAAAACUGUACGGUUGGGAGACGUCGUUCAGGGAUCUGGCCAUGAAAUACCGGUCUAAAGAGUGUGUAUCACUCAAGUCGAUGGCAUACUUGAACGCAGCCAUGGUCUUCACGUUUAGUGCCGCACCAUUUUUUGUUGGUUUCGCCAGUUUCGCUGCUUUUGUACUCAUUUCUUCGGAUAAUAUUCUUGACGCCAAUAAAGCAUUCGUUUCGUUAUCUCUAUUCAAUAUUAUUCGUAAGCAUUCCGAUGGGAUUCCUGCCGUUGAUUCUUUUUUAGUGUCUGUGCAACGAAUCGAUAAAUACUUAAACGGCGAUGAAAUCGACGAAAACGCCAUUUCCCACAACGAGAACAUCAAAUCGCCGGUUGUUAUCGAAAACGGAUCCUUCAGUUGGAGUAAAGGCGAGAGUCCUGUCCUCCGGAAUAUAACCUUUCAAUUGGGACGCAAGAGAUUAGUGGCUGUCGUGGGUUCGGUCGGCUCCGGGAAGUCAUCUCUACUGUCAGCCAUUUUGGGUGAUAUGGAGAAACUGAAGGGAACGGUCAACACGAAUGGUAGUGUGGCUUAUGUACCCCAACAGGCGUGGAUCCAAAACGAGACACUCAAACAAAACAUCUUAUUUGGCAACGAAUCCAAUGAAACAUAUUAUAAGCGAGUGUUAGAGUCGUGUGCUUUAGAGCAGGACAUGAAGAUCCUGUCUGCCGGGGAUCAGACGGAGAUCGGCGAGAAGGGUAUCAAUUUGUCCGGCGGUCAGAAGCAGAGGGUAUCCCUCGCCAGAGCUGUUUACGCCAACGCAGACAUCUAUCUAUUUGACGAUCCGCUCAGUGCUGUGGACGCACACGUGGGCCGACACCUCUUUGACAAAGUCAUUGGUCCCAAAGGUAUCCUCAAUAAUAAGACACGAAUUCUGGUGACACAUCGCGUGUCAGUCCUACCAUAUGUGGACCAAAUCAUUGUCUUAAGGGACGGCGCUAUCUCUGAAUUCGGGACAUUCGACGAACUCGUGUCAAACAAAGGAGAUUUCGCCGAAUUUGUGGCCGAAUAUAUUGUGGAACAAACUGAUGAAGACAUACACGAAGACGACAUACAAAUCCUGGAAGAGAUCGCAGAGAAAGUAAAGCCAAUACUAGAGAGAAACCUCUCGUACACCGAAUCCAUGGUUUCGGACACAAUGAGUGAUAUAUCGAAGAAGCGGUCAUUAUAUCGGUCGACGAGUCGUAUCAGUAGUAGAGGUAAGUUAUCGGACAAACCCGAGCCCUCGGGUGACGAAAAGAGUCGACAAAAACAGCGAAUCGGAAAACUGAUUGAAUCGGAAUCUUCUGAAACGGGAUCCGUUUCGAUGGAUGUCUACAAGAAAUACAUGCAAACCAUAGGAAUGGUGUUGUGCACCGGUAUUGUCUUCUCAUUCCUCGCGUCCAAUGGGGCGCAAGUGGUGUCGAGUCUGUGGUUAAGCCAAUGGGCUAACGACGCCCUCGACCCCAACAAAACGGGUAACACAGAGCUCCGGGACAUGAGGGUUGGCGUCUACGGGGCCUUCGGUAUCAUUGAAGCCAUAUUCUCGUUGACGGCCAGUAUUAGCCUAAACCUCGCCUGCAUUCGGGCCGCGAAGAUAAUACACAACAAUAUGUUGAGGCGAAUCAUCAGAGCACCAAUGUCCUUUUUCGACACGACACCAAUCGGAAGAAUACUGAACCGGUUCUCGAAAGACAUCGACACCGCAGACAUGUCUCUGUUAUUCAACUUACGAAUGAUGAUAAUGCAGUUCUUCAGGACUAUUGUCGCCUUUUCGAUGAUAAGUCUGGAAACACCCAUCAUAUUGGCGGCCAUCUUCCCGUUGGCACUCAUUUACUAUUUGAUUCAAAGGGUUUAUAUAUCGGGUUCGCGACAACUGAAGCGAAUCGACUCGACCACCCGUUCCCCUAUUUAUAACCAUUUUAGCGAAACAGUCAGCGGAUCCACGAGUAUUAGGGCCUAUGGAGUGACCCAACGGUUUAUAGAGGAGUCCAACAGAAGAGUGGAUGCAAACCAUAUCUGCUAUUAUCCCAGUUUUACGGCCUCGCGAUGGCUGGCCAUCAGACUUGAGUUCUUGGGCUAUAGUAUAGUGUUUUUGGCGGCACUUUUCGCUGUGUUGGCCCGACAUUCGUUGAGUCCAGGGUUGGCGGGACUUGCCAUCAGUUACUCGCUUAAUAUCACAAGUAUUUUGGGAAUGUUUGUCCGAUCGGCCACUGAUCUCGAAACUAAUAUCGUGUCCGUUGAGAGAUGUCUCGAGUACACCGAAACUCCUACUGAAGCCGAGUGGUACAACGAGAUCACCAAACCGAAGCCCAAUUGGCCAGAAAGUGGUGAAAUAAAGUUCAAUGAAUACAGUACUCGAUAUCGAGAAGGACUGGAUUUAGUGCUCAAAAAGAUUUCAAUAGAAGUGAAGCCAAAAGAAAAGGUGGGGAUCGUUGGCCGCACCGAAGGACUCGAUUUAGUGCUCAAAAAGAUUUCAAUAGAAGUGAAGCCAAAAGAAAAGGUGGGGAUCGUUGGCCGCACCGGUGCCGGCAAAUCGUCCCUUACUUUGGCGCUCUUCAGACUCAUAGAGCCGGUCGACGGAACCAUUUUCAUAGACAACGUGGACAUCAGAAAACUCGGUUUAUAUGACUUGAGAUCCCGUAUAACAAUCAUACCUCAAGACCCGGCCCUCUUCACCGGCACUCUUCGUCUCAAUUUGGAUCCAUUCAACCACUACUCAGACACUGAUAUCUGGAGGGCCUUAGAGUCGGCACAUCUGAAGACAUUUGUGGACACUUUGGAGAAGGGAUUGACUCAUCAGAUCUCUGAAGGCGGAGAGAACUUAAGUGUCGGACAAAAACAAUUGAUUUGUUUGGCGAGAGCUCUGUUGAGGAGAACUAAGAUCCUUGUGUUGGAUGAGGCGACUGCCGCGGUGGAUAUGGAAACGGAUGACUUGAUCCAAGAGACCAUUAGAAAAGAGUUUUGUUUGUCGACUAUUGUGACGAUCGCUCACCGAUUGAAUACAAUCAUAGAUUACGAUAGAGUUCUGGUUAUGGAUAAGGGAAUGGUAGCCGAGUUUGAUUCACCUAAGAAUCUGUUGGCAAACCAUAAAUCAAUAUUCUAUUCAAUGGCCAAAGAAGCUAAUCUCGUCUAA